UCCUGAAGAGGUAAACUUCUAUUCAGUCUCAAGCAGGUAACACAUUUAAUCUUUUGUGUGUGUGGAUUCUUGGAUUUCUAUCCUUCUUGAAACAUCAACAAGGAAAAGUACCUUCCAUAUGAGGACCGCUGAACAAGUUAAAACCAAAAUUAGGUCCUAAUACGGAAAACCAUUGCACCUGAUUGAGGAUGUCACAUUUGCACCCCCAGUGGUGACGUCUAGAAGUUUUUUCAACUAGACUGUGUGUCGGUUUUUAAAGUGCUCCCCCUCUGGUCAACAUAUGAAAUAACAAGUGUGUGUAAACAUUUUUAGUGCUCCCCCUCUGGUCAACAUAUGAAAUAACAAGUGUGUGUAAACAUUUUCAGUGCUCCCCCUCUGGCCAACAUAUGUAAUAAGUGCAUGUAGGAAACUGAAAUGUGUUCCCCUUGGCCAAAAUAAAAAAUAUAUAUAUUUAAAAAACAUAAAAAAUACCGCAAUCCUAAAAAGGGAAAAGCGGUAGAAAAGGGAUGGAUGUAUAUACUGUAGAGACAUACUGUAAUAACUUGAAGUAAAUAAUAAAGAUUAAAAACCAAUUACAAACAUAAAAUUCACUAACUAAAAGCAUACCUUUUUUAUAUUAGCAUAGCAUGUAUAUAUUAUUAAUUUUGUAAAUACACAUUUUUAUAUCUAGAAAAGGUGGUUUUAAAGAGGUAGGCUUUUGUCGGUCUCAAGCAGGUAACAAAUACAAUAAUUUGUGUGUGUGUGUGUUCUUGUAUUUCUUGAGACAAGGAAGAAUACCGUCCAUAUGAGGACCGGUGAACAAUUUAGGACAUAAAUCAUGUUCCUAAUACGGAAAACCAUUGCACCUGAGAGAAUAUCUCAUUUGCACCCCCGGUUGUGAAAUCUGUACAUUUUUUCAACUAGACUGUGUGUCGGUUUUAAAAGUGCUCCCCCUCUGGCCAACAUAUGUAAUAACAAGUGUGUGUAAAAAUUUGAAGUGCUCCACCUCUGGCCAACAUAUGUAAUAACAAGUGUGUGUAAGAAACUGGAAUGUGUCCCCCUUGGCCAAUUUUUUUAAUUUUUUUUAAAUACAGUAACCCCAAAAUGGAAAAGCGGUAGAAAAGGGAUGGAUGGAUGUACAUUGAGACAUACUGUAAUGACUUGAAGUAAAUAAUGAAGAUUAAAAACCAAGUAAAAACAUAAAAUUCACUAACUUACCUUUUUUAUAUUAGCAGAGCAUGGAUAUAUUAUUUAUUUUGUAAAUACAAGUCUUCAUAUCUAGAAAAGGUGGUCCUAAAGAGGUAGGCUUUUGUCGGAGGUCUCAAGAAGGUAAGCAAUACAAGAAUGUGCGCGUGUGUGUGUGUGUGUGUGUGUGUGUGUGCGUGCGUGCGUGCGUGCGUGCGUGCGUGCGUGCGUGCGCGUGUGUGUGUGUGUGUGUGUGUGUGUGUGUGUGUGUGUGUGUGUGUGUGUGUGUGUGUGUGUGUGUGUGUGUGUGUGUGCCUUGCUACUCCGUCAUCUACAAAAGUGGCAGCUCAACCCAAAGCUUCUGUUGAGGUUGAAGAAGGAAAAGGAAGUGUGAACCUCACGUGAAGAUGGAUGUCUGACGGACUGACGAAGAAGAAGAAUGUGUUAACACGGACCCGUCAUGGCGCUGACCCAUCUGGCGCUGGAGCUGCGUUUCCAGGGGAAAAAGUUGAGGGGCUUCAGUUGCAAACUGACCCGCUCAGCUCACGGCUUCCUCCCUGAGAGUUCUUGGAUCCUGGCCGCCCAGGUGCUGGUACCAUACCUGCUGUCCGGUCUGGGCAUGGUGGCGGCCGGCAUAGUCAUGGAUAUCGUGCAACACUGGGCUGUGUUUCAAGAGAUCUCUGAGGUCUUUAUCUUGGUUCCAGCUCUAGUGGGACUGAAGGGGAAUCUGGAGAUGACGCUGGCGUCCAGACUGUCAACAGCAGCCAACACCGGGCAGCUGGAGCAGCCUCAGCAGCUGUGGAAGACAGUUACCUGUAAUCUGGCUCUCAUUCAGGUCCAGGCCACAGUUGUCGGCUUCCUGGCAGCCGUGGCGGCAGUGAGUCUCGGAGUUGUGAGCAGAGGGAAAGUCGACGUUCUUCACGCUGCCAUCUUGUGUGUCAGCAGCGUCGCCACCGCCUUUGUUGCCGCGCUAACUCUCGGUUUGGUGAUGGUGGCGGUGAUCGUGUGCUCCAGGAGAGUGGGCAUCAACCCAGAUAACGUAGCCACGCCCAUCGCUGCGAGCCUGGGUGACCUCAUCACUUUGUCUUUACUGGCGGGGAUCAGCAGCUUCUUCCUGUGCUACAGAGAUAUGUGGUACCUACCUCCUGCGGUGUGUGGCUUCUUCCUGCUUCUGGUGCCGGUCUGCGUGCUCGUCGCCCGCCAGUCUCCGCCCGUCACAGAGGUCUUGAGGUCAGGCUGGCAGCCGGUGAUCUUGGCCAUGUCCAUCAGCAGUCUUGGUGGUCUGAUCCUGGAUAGGACAGUGAGCGAUCCAAACUUUGAGGGGAUGGCAGUGUUUACACCCCUCAUCAACGGUGUGGGAGGCAACCUGGUCGCCAUCCAAGCCAGCAGGAUGUCUACCUACCUGCACUGCUGGAGUGUUCCUGGAGCUCUGCCGUUCAAAACGACCAUGAAGUGUCCAGGACCUGGUGGUACCUUCUGCUCCUCAGAUGUGAAUUCCAAAUCAGCCAGAGUCCUCAUCCUCCUUGUAGUCCCCGGUCACCUUCUCUUUCUAUACAUGAUCCACCUUCUACAGGCCGGACACACGGCCAUGACGGCCACCUUCAUCGCCUGCUACCUGUCCGCAGCUCUGCUUCAGGUUGUGAUUCUGCUGCACGCCGCCAACGUGAUGGUGAGGUGGCUGUGGCAGAGGGGCUUGGACCCGGACAACUUCUCCAUCCCUUACCUGACAGCUCUGGGGGACCUGCUGGGGACAGGUUUCUUGGCCCUGAGCUUCAGACUGAUUUGGAAGAUCAGCUUCUGAGAGCCUUGGAAUUGGACUCAAGGGCCCAUGCAAGACUUGAGAGGUUCUACUUCCGGGUUUUUAGUGUCAUGAUGCCAGUUCUUUGCAGGAUCUAGUGUAACCGGAAAGUAUUCACAGCGCUUCACUUUCUGUCAUGUCACAGCUUUAUUCCAAAAGGGAAUAAAUACCAUUUUUUUUGUCCUCAAAAUUCUACACACAAUACCCUAUAACAGGGGUCGGCAACCAAAAACGUUGAAAGUUCCAUAUUGGACCAAAAAUACAAAAAACGCAAACAAUUAAGAAGCCAUAUUACAUACAGAUAGUGUGUCAUGAGAUAUCAAUUGAAUUAUGAGGACUUAAAUGUAACUAAUUAAUCUCAAAUAUAGCUACAAAUGAGGCAUAAUGAUGCAAUAUGUACAUACAGCUAGCCUAAACAGCAUGUUAGCAUCGAUUAGCUUGCCGUGACCAAUUAUGUGUGAUUAGCACUCCACACAAGUCAAUAACAUCAACAAAACUCACCUUUGUGCAUUCAUGCACAACGUUGAUAGUUUGGUGGACAAAAUGAGACAGAAAAAGAAGUGGCAUAAAACACGUCUUAGAAAGUCGGAGAAAGUUAUACAUGUAAACAAACUACGGUGAGUUCAAGAACCGCCAAAAUUAGUAGGACAAAACGCAUCUCGCCAAAUACUGGAAUCAGUGAAGCAUGUUUAAUAUAAACUGUGUGUUUUAUAACAAUUAGGGAAGUUUGUGUCAUGUUUGUCCUCCCACAGAAACCCUAUUAAAACAAAUGUUUUUUUCCCCCUCAUCUUUUUCCAUUUUUCAUACAUUUUUGAAAAAGCUCCAGAGAGCCACUUGGGCGGCGAUAAAGAGCCGCAUGCGGCUCCAGAGCCACGGGUUGCCGACCCCUGCCUUAUAAUGACAAUAUGAAAAGUUGUUUUUAUUUUUGCAAAUUUAUUGAAACUAAAAAAAGCACUGGAACAUGUGAUUGCUGCCAAAAGUGCAUCAACAUACUGAACAAAAGCUGUGAAUACUUAUGUUAUAUAUUUGUAAAAAUGUGUAAAUAUUAGGGGUGUAACGGUACACAAAAAUUCCGGUUCGGUACGUACUUCUUAGAGGUCAAGGUUGGGUUCAUUUUCAGUACAGGAAGAAAACAACGAAGUAUACAUUUUUUGGUUAUUUAUUUACCAAAUUUGUAAACAAUAACUUUAUCCUUUUAACAUUGGGAACACUAAAAUAAUUCUGCCCACGUUAAUCCACAUUAAACUGCCUCAAGUUGUUGCUUAGAUUAAAUAAAAUGACAAAACUUUUCUUCUACAUAUAAAAAGUGCAACAUUAAACAGUUUCAAGUCAACUCAUCAUGCUUAAUUUAUUACAGCAUUGGGGAAGCCUGUAGUGGACUUUUAUUAUGUAAAUGUUAUAUUUGUAUCAACAUGUGAUAGCAGGGACCCUGCUAUUCAAAACUAGGCUGCUACAUUACUAAUGAUUCAUGUAACUAUAGCUGGAAAAAAUAGUACAAAAGCAAUAGGAGAGACUAUUCAUCCCUGAACACCAUGGAGUUCAUGUAGGCUUUAUGAUGCACUUACAUUAUUAUAUACACUAUGACUCCUUCAUUUAACAUCAUGUCCUUUUUUGCUGCUUCAACACAGCUCAAUCAACACUGUCCGUAACACACCCAAACCCACACCGCAAAAUGAGCUAAUGUUACGCUAAAAGCUAAUCCCCUCAAGCCAGGACUGCGAGUGAGCUGAGCUGCAGUUUGUUUCUAGAAAACGUCAACGGGCUCAUAGUGAUGUUAGUAUUAGUUGACUGGGAAGUGUUUAUUAUCAUUUGGGGAGAGUACGCAGCUUUAUGCUUACCUGCUAAUAAUCUAUCUGCUCGACACUGAAGCAUUUACUACAUGCGCUCUGGAUACGCACUGCUGAUUGGUUGUUACCGCUCUGGAUACGCACUGCUGAUUGGUUGUUACCGCUAUGGAUACGCACUGCUGAUUGGCUGUUACCGCUAUGGUUGUAACCAAUCAGAUGGUUGUGUGGGUGGGACAAUGCUGGGUGCUGUGUAGGAGACAGAGGCAGAAAGCAGAGCAGCUUGUUAAGACUUUAGCUAUCCUAUGUUCGUGUGGAAACUCGUUCGGUACACCUCCGCACUGAACCGAAACCCCUGUCCUGAAACGGUUCAAUACAAAUACACGUAUCGUUACACCACUAAUAAAUAUAUAUACCGUAUUUCCUUGAAUUGCUGCAGGGCAUAUAGUAUGCGCCUGCCUUUAAUUACUGCUGGGUCAAACUCGCUUCGCAAAAUAAUUAGCGCAUGCUUAGUAUUACCGCCUGGUCAAACUCGUGACGACACUUCCCCUGUCAUCAUUUUCAAAAUGGAGGAGGCUGAUUUCAAUACCGGUGAUCUGAAAUCGCAUAACGGGAAGAAGAUUAAGAGCUAUUCAGUAGGAUUUAAGGUCCAAGCUUACAUCACACUCAAAUUUUUACUGCAUGCCUUUGGUAAGUGCCAGAGUGAGAAGAGCUUUUAAAAUAAUUAGCGCAUGCUUACUUUUACCGCAUGCCUUUGGUAGGCGUAGGAGUUAGAAGAGGCUUUAAAUUAAUUAUCGCCCCGGCAGCAAUUCAAGGAAAUACGGUAUAUAUAUUUUUAAACAUCACAAUGUCAUUAUAGGUUAUUUUCUGUAGAAUUUUGAGGGCAACAUUUUUGUAUUCUUUUUUGGAAUAACAAAAUGUGGAAAAAGUGAAUACUUUCUAAAUGCAGUGAAUGUACUUCAAAAUAUGACUAUAAAAAGUAUUAAGCACUGUUUUCUGGGCAGGUGAUUUAAUCAGUGUACAUUUUCUUCAUAGAUUAGUCUGCAAAAUGUUGCUAAUCCCCAAGUAACAUUUGAAUGCGAGAGUGGGUAUGAAUAAAUUGUAAUAUGUGUGA